AUCCUCUAAUGAAAAUGAGCAUUCAGUUCAAUUGUGUGCGAAGCUCUGUGCGGGCGUGAAUUCUCUGGUCUCGUUCUUCUAUUUUGUUUUUCGCCAACGCAUCUUGAGUAAUUUUUGUUUUUGUUUUCGUGUUUCGUAUACCAUUUGGGUAUACUUCCUCUGGUGUGUUGCACUACUGAGUGGACAGGAAAAGUAAGAGAUCGUUCCCAAAUACGCCACGAAAAAACCUAAUCAGAAUGAGCUCUACACCUGCCUCCAGCUCCAGUCUACCGCCGGAACUCAAUCUUGGAGCGGAGAUAUUCCACAUCAUUGCAGCUUCAGCUGAAGAUCAAAAUGUGAUCAUAUCUCCGCUGUUGCUAGAGGUGACAUUGACACUGCUCUAUCUGGGCUCAGAUGGGGCCACUGCCGAGGAACUGCAAAAGCUGUUAAAGUUAAAGGAUCGCUUUGUGAGCAAUGCUAAAAUGGCCAACUUCUAUGCCGCCGAAUUGAAUGCGGCGACAAGCGAUGCAGAUACUAAGAUCCAGCUGGAAAAUCGCCUGCUUCUGCAACAAAACUCCGGUCUGGCAGUUGCCGAUGACUUUCAGAAGAUAGCACAAACCUUUUUCCAUGCGACGGCAGAGUGUGUGGAUUUACAGCAACCCGAGAAGCUAUCUCGCCACAUCACCGAUAAUAUCUUGGCCAGCAUUGGCGGCGGCAACUGGCAGCAACAGCUUCAGGUGAAUGGUGGUCAGAUGGCAUCUAUGCUGCUGUUGCUGGCGGCCCGACUGCAAAGCAAAUGGUUCUUGCCUUUCAGUGCGUAUCGCACUGGCCUCUAUGAGUUCCACAAAAACGACGGCAGCAGCAAUGUUGCGAAGUCCGUGCCCAUGCUCUUUGACGAUGAUAUGUUUGUAAAGUACGCCGAGUUGCGAGAGCUCAAUUCACGUGCCAUUGAAUUGCCGUACGAGCAUGAGGACGAAUUGGCAAUGCUUCUAAUCCUGCCCAAUCAGCGUGAUGCCUCGGCCUUAGCCCAGCUGGAGACUCAAUUGCGUACUGUGGAUCUCGGGGAAUUGCAGCAGCGUAUGCAAAUGGAAAGUGUUCAAGUCUUGCUGCCCAAAUUUAGCAUCGACUUCGAAUGUAGUUUGCGACAAGCGCUCAAACAAAUGGGCUUUUCGGAGAUCUUUAGUUCCGCUGCCAACUUUAAGCAUUUGCACUCAGCUUCCACCAAUCUGCCUAUUCUCGACGUCCUACAGAAGUUGCGCAUUGACCUAAAUGAAUCCGGCUCUGGCUCAGCGUUACCACAACCGGCGGCAGGAUAUAAGCCGAUUGUCAUUAGCAAUUCCUCGCGGCAAAAAUUCUUUCGGGCGGAUCAUCCAUUUUUCUUUGCCAUUCGCGGUCCGAAUGUGACCCACUUUAUUGGGCAUGUGGUUAGUUUUUAACGGCCAUAUAUGGUAUAUUAUGCACCUUUGCACUAACAUGCCUUGUACUAUAUAACGGCUAUUCAAACUAAUAAUUUGUACUCUCUAAUUUAUGCGCAAAAAAUAAAAGAAUUUAUGGUUGU